GCAGGCGCGUCACAAGCUCGUGGGGGGAAAUCAAGAGGGCGAAAACGGCUCGUGGACACAAUGGAUUUGCGAACGAAAGGACUUUUCGCUGAUUAAAGGACGCAGUCUUCGAUGAACACGAGAAACCAGGAGGAGAAGCAGAGGGCUAUGCUGUUUCUGCUCGUCUUUACUGCUGUUUGAUUAACCAUGAUGAAGACUGAACCCCCAUCUGCAGCCAGCGGCAGCACGAGCACCACUCUCGUAGCGAGAAGUGCAUCGCCACACAGGAAUGCCUAUGAAGCUGGAAUUCAAUCCCUCAAGCCUGUAAAAGAUUCCAGUGCUGCUAAUGGGGAAGAAGGAAAACCUCGACCACAGGGCCGGGGCCGCAGGUACGGCUCCAAUGUGCAUCGCAUCAAGAACAUGUUCAUGCAGAUGGGUUCUCCUGGGGACGAAGAGGAUCCAUCGAAGGCCAAAGACCAGGCCGUCCGACUCUCCCUCCCCAGAGCAAGCAGUCUGAAUGAAAAUGUGGACCACAGCGCGCUGCUCAAACUUGGCGGGACUGUGUCGGAGCGAGUUAGCCGCUUCGAUGGAAAGACCGACGGUAGCAGCUCCCGUGGACCAUCCACAGGCUUCUCCAAGCUACAGGAGACACGGAAGAUAUUUGAGCAGCGUCACCUGCAGGAGAAGCAGGCUGCGACUAAUCGAAUCCUGUUGAAGAAAGAGCGUGCGUCAGGCUUCCAAGACAGCCGUUUGGAUGUGGUGGUUCGCUUCAACGGGAGCACAGAGUCGUUGGACAGACUGGACGCGGCGGACUGUCGCGCAGAUGCAGUGUCCCCUACCGUUAGCCAGUUAAGUGCAGUGUUUGAACGAGCGGACCAGCGUAACAACCUUCACCGACCGUCCUCAACCUCCCCACUCCCUUCCCACGGGGCAGGCUCUACUCCGGGCAAGGUGGGAGGAAUCAGCUCUAAAAUUGUCUCCAGGAAGGCACGAGUCUCCUCUUCGACAGAGGACCAAGAAGAGGGAGCUCAGUACAAAGACCAAGAGGCUACACCUGGGAGUCCGAAGACCAGAUCAAGCAUCCAAGCCGAUGGACCCAAAAGCAAACCAUCCGAGGAUGUGGCUUCUGAUUUCGAUGCAUCCAGAUUGGAAGAGAUCCAAAAUGCAUCGUCCAAACCAGAGGAGCAUGCAGCACCAGGAGCACCGGAUGCAGGCAGCAGACUGGUACAGGCGGAUGUCCACGCCUCUCUGGAAAACGGGGAGGCCACCAGCGGCCAUGAGCCCUCGGAACAAAAGGAGGAAAUUGGACAGGCCUGCGCUGAGGAGGAAUCCCACAGAGAGGAUAUCUCAGAAGCAGACCUGGUGGACAUCAGCGCAUACAGUGGGAUUGGAGAGGACUCCGGUGGAAGUCAGCUGGACGAAGAUGAAGAGGCGGAGGAUGACGAUGCUUACGAACCAGAAUCCAGUUGUUCAGAAAUCCCUGGGCUGCCUGCGGAAGAUGAAACGCCCCCCAGCAGGAAGAUUCGCUUCAGUACAAACCCCAUCAAGGUUUUCACCACAUACUCGAACGAGGACUACGACAGGCGUAAUGAUGAGGUUGACCCCAUGGCGGCUUCGGCCGAGUAUGAACUGGAAAAGAGGGUGGAGAGACUGGACCUUUUCCCCGUCGAGCUGGAGAAAGAUAAAGACGGAUUGGGAAUCAGCAUCAUCGGGAUGGGUGCCGGCGCAGACAUGGGCCUGGAAAAACUGGGAAUCUUCGUCAAGACAGUGACGGAAGGAGGAGCCGCCCACCGAGACGGAAGGAUCCAGGUGAAUGACCUGAUCGUGGAGGUGGACGGAACCAGCCUGGUGGGCGUGACCCAAAAUUUUGCUGCAUCGGUCCUCAGGAACACCAGCGGCACUGUCAAGUUUGUGAUUGGCCGGGAGAAGCCGGGGGAACAGAGUGAGGUGGCCCAGCUGAUCCAGCAGACACUGGAGCAGGAGAGAUGGCAGAGAGAAAUGAUGGAGCAACGUUACAACCCCUACAUGGAAGAGGACGAAGAGACGGGUGAAUAUGCCACAGAUGAAGAAGAAGAGAUGAGCCCCAUGUUUCCUAAUGCCAUCGAGGUGUUUGACCUGGCAGAGAAUGAAGACAUGCUCUCUCCUGUGGAGAUGGAUCCAGAGAAACUUGCACACAAGUUUAAGGAGCUCCAGAUCAAACAUGCUGUGACCCAGGCUGAGAUCCAGCAGCUCAAGAGGAAGCUGGCUCACGCUGAGCAGGAUAAGCUGCGCUGGCGGAUGGAGCGGGCUCAGUUGGAGCAGACGGUGAGAGAGAAUAAGGAGCGGAUGGAGAAGUUGGAGGGCUAUUGGAUGGAGGCUCAGAGCUUGUGCCAGGCGGUGGACGAGCACCUGAAAGAGACACAGGCGCAGUACCAGGCACUGGAGCGCAAGUACAGCAAAGCCAAACGCCUCAUCAAAGAGUACCAGCAGAAAGAGAUUGAGUAUUUGAAGAAGGAGACGGCCCAGCGCCGAGCACAAGAGGAGUCAGAGGCCAGCCACAAGGUGGAGACAGAAAAUCUCCAGGAGAAGAUUACUGAUUUGGAGUCAAAGGUUGGCGCUCUGAAGAGCUUGGAGCCUUCGUAAACCUUCCGCCGUGGCAAUGAUGGAGAGAACGACAGUAACGCCUUGAACUCCGCCCACUCUACCCUCCGACCACAUUUUCCCUCCAUGACCUGAAGAGCCUGAAGAACUACAGGAAACAUGCUGAGGGGAUGUUACCGGGGACAAAGAGGGGACAAAACAAACACUGUACCAGACGCCUGAAGGACGUCUAGCCAUCAGGAGGCCCUUUUUAUAGUCAUUUAGUCAUGUUCUCCAUUUCUUUUUAAGCGCCCUUACAAGUAUUACGAGCCUCUCUGCUCUCGGCAGGAAUGUAGAACCUCUUCGUUAAUAAACGUUCACUCACAUGCUUGCAGGAGAAGAACGAAACGGUGGCCGGAUAAAGACGGCACGGAUGCCCACGCGCACCCUUGAUAAGUGUAGGAUCGGAGCGAGGGGCAACCUGCAUAGCGGUGACUGACAAGAGGACUGUUUGUAUAUAUUCUGGCAUAUAUUUAAAUAUUAAAAUCGCUUAAGCAAUGUCCUGGGGGGAGGAGAAGGGGUAAGGGCUUUACUUAUCACAUCUAGGCAAAUAAUACAGUGAAAAUGGUCCAUUUGUGCAUGGCAAAGGAGAUGGUAUAAAGUUUUUUUUGUUUUUUUUAAUGACAACGUUGGAAAACAGGGUGUGAAAAGUGUUAUCUUGGCAUUUAGAGUUAGCAUUCAGGGGCUUGUCAUGUUUGCUUGUCAUGUUAUAAUGGAAGUGUAGAACGAAUAGGGACUUACAGGUGAUGGUUUCUUCACUCUGUGCUUAAACUCCAGUGCUUGUGGUUAGUUGGUGCAGUGCUCAUGUGCGCUGCGCAGUGUGCCUCGGUCAACCCUGCGAUGAUGUCUGACUCUGCAGCGUGACAGAGUAAGACUUCUGCAUCAAUCAGAAAUAUGGCCUUGUUUUAUUGCUACCCAAAAGCUUUCACCAGCCCUCUCGUCGCUUAGUUUAAGCAGACUCGUCGUGUGUUUACUCCGAUGUAUUGGUCCCCGGGGACCACGGUAAGUGCACUCAAAUUGCACUACGGAAUCCUAAAGGUUUAUGCUUCUGUUGGCUGUCAUUCCUCCCCUGUCCUUCUGGACGUGGAUUGAUUCAGUAUUAUCUUUCCACAUGCUAUGAUGUGGAAUCUCCUUUUAGUUGGUUUGUGGUGUUGUAAGCCACAUUUGUUUUUGUUAUUUUGUCUUAAAUGUGUUUUUGUUUUUUAUUGUACUCCUGGGAAAACUGGAAUUUUGACAGAGCAAUUGAAGGAAUUUGAGACUUUAAUUAUAUGUCACUUCUCUCAACUUAGUGGUUUCAAGUUGUUAUAUUAAGUUUCAUUCAUAGGACACUUAAAAGUUUCAUAAAACCACUCUUGGGGGCAUUCACACAGAACCAACAACAAAAAAAGCAUGUCUUGGCAUCUCUAAAAAAAGGUGUUUUUGUAUGGAAGCCCGUUUCCACCACUGAGUAAAAAAAAACAAAACAAAAGGUUAUUGCGUCUCAAUUCUUGAGUUUUUUUCUCAGAAUUAGGACAUGUAAACUCACAACUGCGAGUUGUGAAGUCAGAAUUGUGUGAUAUAAACUCACAAUUGUGAGAAAUAAAUUCUCACAAAUAAAUUUUCAUAAAUACAGUAAACUCGCAAUUGCAAGUUAUAAACUCAAAAUUUUUGCCCUUUUUCCACAGAAUUGUGUGAUAAACUCAUAAUUGUGAGAAAUAAAAUCAGAAUUGCAAGGUAAAACCUCACAAUUAUGACUUUUUUUCGCAGAGUUGGGUGAUUUAAACUCACAGUUGCGAGUUCUAAAGUCAGAAAUGCAAUAUAAACUCAAUUUCUAUUUUUUUUCCUCGGGAAUUGUGUGAUAAACUCACAGUGGCGAGAAAUAAAGUCAGAAUUGCAAGAUAAAAACGCGCAGUUCUGACUUUUUUCUUAGAAUCGAGUGAUUUAAACUAGUUAUUGCGAGUUAUAAGGUCAGAAAUGUGAGAUAUAAACUCACAAUUCUUACUUUUUUUCUCAGAAUUGCGUGAUAUAAACUCGCAAUUGCAGCAAAUAAAAAUUGCCAAUUUUUAUCUCGAAUCCUGACUUUUUUUCUCACAUAUGAGUUUAUCUCAGGUUUUUCUCUGCCUGUUUUUACAAUUUUGACUUUUUUUUUCUCAGAAUUGCGUGAUAUAAACUCACGAUUGUGAGAAAUAGUCAGAAUUGCAAUUAAAAACUCCCAAUUAUGACUUUUUUUCUCAAAAUUGAGUGAUAUAAACUCACAAUUGCGAGUUCUAAUGUCAGAAAUGCAAUAUAAACUCACAAUGUCUACUUUUUUUCCUCUGGAAUUGUGUGAUAAACUCACAGUUGCGAGAAAGAAAGUCAGAAUUGCAUGAUAAAAAAGCGCAGUUCUGACUCUUUUCUUAGAAUUGAGUGAUUUCAACUACUAAUUGCAAGUUAUAAGGUCAGAAAUGCGAGAUAUAAACUCACAAUUCGUACUUUUUUUCUCAGAAUUGCGUGAUAUAAACUUGCAAUUGCGGCAAAUAAAAAUUGCUAAUUUUUAUCUCGCAAUCCUGACUUUUUUUUCUUGCUUGAGUUUAUCUUGCAUUUUUCUCUGCCUGUUUUUGACAUUUUUUUUCUCAGAAUUGCGUGAUAUAAACUCACAGUUGCGAGAAAUAGUCAGAAUUGCAAUUAAAAGCUAUAAGUGUGAUAUAAACGUACAAUUGGGAGUGCUAAAGUCAGAAAUGCAAUAUAAACUCACAAUUUUUACCUUUUUUUUCUUCAGAAUUGUGUGAUAAACACAAUAGCAUGAAAUAAAGUCAGAAUUGCAAGAUAAAAAUUUUGACUUUUUCUCAGAAUUGCAUGAUAUAAACUCGCAAUUGCGGGAAAUAAAUUUUUUUAUUUUGCAAUUCUUUGUUUUUUCUUUUUUUUUUUUGCAAUUUUGACUUUUGACUUUUUAUUCUCAGAAUUGCGUGACAUAACUUCACAAUUGCAAGAAAUAAAAAUUGUGAAUCACUCAAUUCAAAGAAAAAAAGUCAUAAUUGUUUGUAUAAAGCAAUAACUCACAAUUUUCAGUUUAUAUCUCCCAGUUCUGACUUUAACUUGCAAUUAUAACUUGCAAUUGUAAGUUUAUUUCUCACAAUUCCGCCUGUUUUUAUAAUUCUGACUUUUUCUUAAAAUUGCGUGAUAAAUUCAGUUGCGAGAAAUAAAAAUUGUGAGUUUUUAUCUUGCAAUUCUGACAUUUUCCCACAAUUGUGAGUUAUAAAGUACAAAUAUCUCCUAAUUCUGACUUUAUAACUCAAUUGUAAGUUUCUGACUUCAUUUUUCAGAACUACGAGUUUAUAUCUCACAAUUCUGACUUUAUAACUCAAUUGUAAGUUUCUGACUUCAUUUUUCAGAACUACGAGUUUAUAUCUCACAAUUCUGACUUUAUAACUCGCAAUUGUGAGUUUCUAUCUCUCAGUUCUGAGAAAGAAAAUCAGAAUUUUCGCAAGAAAAUUGCACAUAAAAAGUCAGAACUGUGAGACAUAAUGUUGCAGUUACCAUUUUAUUUUUUAUUCAGUGGUGAAAACCGGCUUCUAUAGUUUUGAGACAUGUUUUUUAAAGUUAAACUUAUUUUUAAUUUGAGCAUUGUGUUUUGAAACACUGUUCCAUGUGCAAGGCUCUGCAAAAGCCACAAGCCACAAGACGCGAGCUCAAAGGUCAAACACGUCCAUCUAGCAUGUUUUCACAUAGAAAAACAAUGUAAAAGUAGUGCAGUGAAGUGAAAGAAGGCAACCUGUGUGAACCACCCCCUAAGUAAAGUUAUGUAAGGGUUGGUUCACACAGAAUGCAUUUUGCGUUGCAUUCGAUCAUGCUGCUUUUUCUUAUUUUUCUUGUAAAACGCAUGAGCUUCGUGUUUCAUCUCCAUAGCUAAACUGAGUCUUAAAUUUUUAAACUGAAGAACGUCUUCUGUGUGAACGGCCCCUGAUCUGUGGCACGCAGAUUAUUUUCUUUAGUUCAGUAUAUGUCCUAUUUUUUACUGUUGGGCCUCUCACAUCAACCAUAUUAAUGAAAGAGAAUCGAGUUGGUUUUUCACAUGCCAAAAAACUCAUAUUCCCAGCUUGGUAUCAAAAACCUUAUAGAGUAUUGUUUUUCUUCCCAUUUCCCUCCAGAAAGUAUUUAAGUAUUGUUCAGCUUCUCAUUUUAUAUGAUUGUUCAUUUACAGUUUUAGUAUUUUUUUAUAGAACAAGUAAUUUUCCAUUGAUUAAAAACGUUGAGCAACAGGGUAACACUGAGAAAACAAAGGAUGAUGCAGAGUUUUGUGAAAUGAUGGGUUGGAGCAUCACAUAAUAGGAAUCUUAAAAUCUUUUCUGCUAACCUAUUUUGAAUGUCUAUCAUCCUAAACCGCAGUUAGACUGAGUUUUAUGUCUGACUUUCGUUGUCAUAGUCACCUAAAAUCAUUUUUCAAGCAAGCGAGAACAAGCACUGACUGGAAACGAUAUUCUCGCUCUGUUAAUUACGGAACUAUUAUCUCAGUUGCUCUGCUCUUAAUUCGUUGACUCUUUAACCCCAGUGUUAUCUAGCAACCAAGUGCAGAGCGGGUUUUGACUAAUUGAAAUGAUUCCGCAUUAAUAAUGCAGCAGUAAAUGUAUAUAAUAGAGCCAUUCUGAGGGCUUUUUUCUUUCUUUUGUUUGCACAAUGUCAAGGAAACCUUGAUUUUCCAUUCGUAAGGAAGCCCACUGGGCUGAUGAGGACCUUAGCAAAUAUAUUCGAACAAACCCGUCAUAUUUGCUGUGUAUAUUUCUGUUUACUGUGAGCCUCUGUUUGCUGAAAUGUAAUAUUGUAAAGUGCUGACUAGCACACGACGACCAUGUGUGUGGAUGUUCAGACAGUGGCACAGUUGAAACAUGGAAACGUUGAUUUGUUCUCCCCGUGCGCCACACUGUAGAAACGAGCAAACUGGGUUAUGGAGGUAAUGGACACUUUGAAUCUUAUAAACGCUUUUAAAUUUCACAUUUUAGCUUAGCUUAGCUUAGCUUAGCUUAGCUGCUGCCUUUAAUGAAAUGAAUUUGCUUCCAUGUACAGGAAAGAGCUCUGUGUUUUUCUCCUCACUUGCUGGUGUAAUAGUUGGUCCCUCUUUAUUUUUGGUGUCCUACAGUGUAUUUAAAUCUAAUAAAAACAGUACACUUUUAAAUACGUUACGUUUCAGUGUCGUUAAACAAGCAGCAACUUGCUUGAAACUAUAUUGGAAUUUAAAAAGUGUGUACAAAUGCCACAUUUUGUAAUUUGGAUGUAAUUGCUAUAAUUAUGACAUUAGCACAUUUGUCUGACACCGAACGUAAAGAAGGAACGCCGAUUUUAUAGUUGUUUUACGAACUCGACUCCAUUUCCUCUGUACUGUUUUAGUUUUUUUUACCCCUGCCAUGUAAAUUGCUUCCACAUGAACCAGAGGAAGAUGUUCUCCAUUUGAAAUAAACGUCAUCAUGUUCAAUAAUUGCAUAAGUACUGUCUUAAUAAAUGCAGAAAUGUGCUGAGCA